AUGAGUUCCCAGGAGGAGGGCGAAACUUCGCCCGAAAUAACCGCAAUUGGAAUAUCGUUCGGCAAUUCGAACAGUUCUAUUGCCUACACAUCUGGAGAAGGCAAGGCAGAAGUCAUUGCGAACGAAGAAGGUGACCGCCAAAUACCUUCAGUGCUGUCGUAUAUUGAGGGAGAAGAAUAUCAUGGCACACAAGCCAAGUCGCAAUUAGUGAGAAACAGCAAGAAUACAGUUGCGUACUUCAGAGAUUACCUGGGGAAAGACUUCGACUCGAUAGAUCCCACACCAUGCCACGCUUCCGCCCACCCCCAAAAGCACGAAUCUACAGUAGCAUUUUCGAUACAAGACAAAGAGUCGGAAGCCCAGAAUAUCGUCACGGUUUCCGAGAUCACAACUCGUCAUCUUCGUCGAUUAGCAUCCUCUGCUUCUGACUUCCUGGGCAAGAAAGUCAAUGCGGCAGUGAUUACGGUCCCCACAAAUGUCACAGAGGAGCAACGAGAAGCUUUGAGCAAAGCGGCGAAAGCAGCUGGAGUGGAUGUAUUACAGAUGAUCUCAGAACCAACGGCAGCUGUACUAGCAUACGAUGCACGGCCGGAAGCAAAAUUGAAGGACAAGAUCAUUGUGGUCGCGGAUUUGGGAGGGACGAGAUCGGACAUCGCCGUCAUUGCUUCGAGAGGCGGUAUUUACAGCAUACUGUCCACAUCCCAUGACUACGAAACAGCGGGUGCACAGCUUGACCAGGUCCUGGUUGAUCACUUCGCCAAGGAGUUCACCAAGAAGAACAAGACGGACCCUCGGCAAAACGACAGGAGUCUGGCUAAGCUAAAGCUCGAAGCUGAAGCAACGAAGAAGGCUCUGAGUUUGGGCGGUAAUGCCAGCUGCAGUGUGGAAUCUCUUGCGGAUGGAAUCGACUUCAGCUCUACGAUCAAUAGAACACGCUACGAGCUUUUGGCUGGCAAGGUCUUUGGGGCUUUUACUCGCCUGAUUGAGGAAGCCGUGCGGAAAGCAGACCUUGAUAUCCUAGAUGUAGAUGAGGUCAUCCUUUCGGGAGGAACAUCGCAUACACCCAAGAUCUCGCAAAACCUUCAACGACUUUUCCCACCCACCACUCGCAUUCUUUCUCCCUCCACCCUCCCUACAGCCAUUGACCCUUCAUCCCUGUCAGCUCGCGGCGCCGCCAUUCAAGCAUCUCUAGUGCAAGAGUUUGAAAAAGACGAUAUCGAACAAUCAACUCACCCUAUGGUGACCGUGACCCCACAUCUACGCAACGCUAUUGGCGUUAUGGUGGUCAGUGAAGAUGUGAAGAAAGGUCUGUUCACUGCUUUAGUAGAAAAGGAAACGGCGGUUCCCUGCCGGAGAAGGGGUGUUUUUGCCGUUCCUAGAGAGGGCGGCGAUGUCAUGGUUAAGGUUUGUGAGGGGCUGAGAGAUAUCAAGGUGUCGAAAAAGGAGAAGCCGAAGGCAAAUGGCAAGCCCGCGUCCGAUGACUCGGACCUUGAUAGCGACGACGAUGAAGACGAGGAAGAGGAGAUGCGAGAGAAAGUGUGGAAUGUUGGUAGUGUGCUUGCUGAAGCUGCAGUCAAGGAGGUGAAGAAGGGUGGGAAAGUGGAGGUUACGAUUAGAGUGGAAGCAGACUUGGGGGUGCAUAUUGAGGCGAGAGAGGCCGGUGGGAAAGGAGGCGUCAGGGGGAUUUUGGGCACGGCAAGAGUGGUGGAAAAUGGAAGUGCGUAA